AUGAACGGGAUGGAACGUCACAAACCUGGUUGCCGCUGUGCGCUGUGUGGGUGGAAAGUGACAGCGCAUCGGACCGUACUGCUGGACGCUGAUGACAUUGACAACUUGAAACCUUUUCAAAAUUGGUCGAAGCAGUUUCGGGGGCUUUAUACAGACUCCGAAUCCAACACCACCGUGCUCACAGGCGUCGGCAUGCACCGAGACCCCGCGUCGGACUUGUACCUGGCGUCUCCGGAUAGGAACCCGGCUCCCAUCCGAUUCGGUGCCUUGACCCGGGACUACGACUACGACGACAAGAUCAUCGAGGACAGGGCUAACUCCCUGUACUUCCCAUGGGAAUACGCGGCUAAGAACCGGAUGUCGCCGGCCGACCCCGCCUUGUACAGCGAUCCAUACCGCAUUGUCGAAAUCGCCCAUAUCCUUACCGAGGCACCUGGGGAGCCACCCCAGCCCUCCACUCCCGUCCACAAACCUGCUACCAUCACCACCGGAGAAUCCAUUACUACACCACAGCAAGACACACGCGACCCCUUCGCCGCUAUCCCCAUGGAGCUGCGCAUCGCCAUCGCCAUGCACCUGCCCACCGCCGACGUCCUCCGCGCCCGUCUCGCCUCGCGGGCCCUCCAACCCAUCUUCCACAGCCAACAAUUCUGGGCCUCCCGAUUUCGUGCCACAUCCCCCGACCGCGGCUGGUUAUUCGAAGCACGCCGCCACCAGCAACAAGCUGCCGCCAUCGACUGGCGCUGGCUCUACCGCCAGACCGACACCACCGACCUCAUCCACCUAGCUCCGAGUCGCUUUCCCAUCACCCUCCGGAGCCUGCGCGACCGCAUCCGCAUCUGGCGCCUCACCCAAUCCCUCCUUGCCCUCCUCCACACCUACUGGAUCCCCCCACCACCCAUCCAUCUUCCCAACAACAACAACAACAACAACAACAACAACAACAACAACAACAACAACCCCAAAAUCAACCCACCCUCACCCCCGCAACCCCCCGCCACCGGGGGCCACCCACAGUUCCGAUCAGUGCCGCUCCUGACUUCGGGUAUCAGCGCACGUCUGGCCCGUGCGCAGAGCUGGCAAGAGAACGGGUCGCCCACCGUCGCCGCCCGGCGUUUGAAAAAGGUUGUCGCGAAGCUGGCGGGCCCGGAGGAGUCGAGGAGGGACAUGCCGCGAGGAAUUUGCUUUGCCAUCAACGUCGAACCGUCACCGCCAGCGCCACCACCACCACCGUCACCGUCGGCGGACGUCAUCGGGCCCGCCUAUGCGGACGCCGACUUGUGGCGUGACGCGCUUUGGUACCCAGACGUGCCCCCACCAUCCCUCUGCCUGAACCAAGACGCCUUUUUCCCGGCCCGCGCCUACUUCGUCUCCCACUACGGAUACAACCCCCUGAUUUGGUGCCAUUUCGGGGGUCCAGGGGGCAAGUACCUCCCCUACCUCACGCGGACUGUCGUGGCGAGCGGGCGGGACGACACCUAUCGCAUUGCCUUUGUCUUUGGCGGGGGAGAAAAUGUACCCGUCGAGUGUCGGUCGUUGGGGCGGUUGGGGAGGUUGUCGGCGACUGGGCGCCGUGUCGUUGAGUUCCCGGUUGAUGGGGCCGGCGGGGAGCGUAUUGAGGCGGUUGAGAUUGGCCAUUGGUUCUGCCAGGACGGGGAGGGGCAGCGCUGGGACGUGGAACAUGGGUUGAUGGGGUGGUUCAAGCUCCACACCAACCGCGGGAGGUCAUGCCUCAUUUCAAAUUCUGAUCCCGAUUUUAAAGGAGUGACCAGCACUAGAACGGUCUCGGCUGUUCCGGGGACGGCCAUUACUGGCUUCUAUGCCACCCAGUAUCCUGAUGAAGGAUAUGGCAUGGCUGCUCUUGGGGUCAUCACAGAAGCGGUUGAGCCUACCAAUGAUGAUGAUAGUGAAAGCGAAUGA